UUGGCCAGCCUAGCUCAUCUUGGGGAGCUCGGACAAGGGCUCUACUUUGGAAGGUGCCCUAGAGGGCACACUGCGGGCAUCCCAGCCCUGGAAGGAACGUUGAAACCUUCCCUACAGGGUUCUUCCUGGAGAGUGGUGCUGCAAGCAAUCAGAAUUCAAGCAAGCAGGGGAGGAGGUGCCCCAGAACUCGAAAGCCUCCAAGGAAAAUCUUGGUGGGAACUGGUUGGGGGAAAUCAGGACACCACCAUCACCCCAGGGCCCCUCCAGCACCAUACUGGAUGACUCAUGUCCUCCAGCCCAAUCCCAUCAUUCCCACUGCAGAAAUGGGGAACAGUGGCCAGAGAGGGAAAACUUUGAGUCAGUAGAGCCCUGGGCUGUACUUGCCCUCUUCACUGUGUGGUGGGGUGUGCUUACCCAUUUCUGCACCAGAGUCACAGCUGGGUGGGACAGAGAGACAGGUCCCUAACCUUCCACAGUUCAGAUCUCAUGCCUGAGGAGUAGGGCUUGAUGGAGGAGUGGGGCUUCGGGUCUGCAGAACCCAGUCGGGGUCCCAUACUGGGCUCCAGGGCAGCAAGCCCACUGGCCCAGGAUGGUGAGUGCAGAGUUUGGGUGGACCCUUUGUAGAAGUAUAAAAGUCCCAGUUACGGACUGCUGGGGGACAGUGGUCCUAGGGCUUAGAGAAGAAGGGGGUCAACUCACCUAGACCCCUGAGUGGGGUUUGCUAAUGGCACGGGGCUGCUGGGCACGGGGACUCCCCACGCUGGGGGAACCAGAUGGCAGCCUGAGGCCCUUCCAUGCUGGGCUCUGGGGCCCCACAAGGAUGCCACGGGAGCUCUUCACAGAAGACAGGCCAAGAAAAACUAGCAGUCCCCCACUGUCCCCUGCUGAACAGGGAGUUCAGCCUGAGUAUGGAGGCUGGGUGGGACCUCCCUCGGGAGCUGCAGGCUGAGAUGCCAAAAGAGUGGGGCGCCAGGGCCCUCCUGGUCUGUCCAGCCCAGGGCCUUGAGCUCUGUGCCCUCUCAUUGCAUCUUUACCUCUUCAGUACUAGCUGACACUCUCCCUCUGUAGCCCUUGCAGCAUCUCAGCUUGCUUGCCCCUGGCUCCUUCCGCUGAGGUCCCUGGCCCCCUGCGGGCCUUCAGUCCCUCAGCCCGAGAGGUGGGAGCCCUUACCCCAGCUUUGCCUGCACACUCGCCUUCCCCUGCAGCUCGUGUCUGGCUUGCAUCCCCCUACCACGUCCACCUUGCCACUCUGUCUUGGCUGACCCUUACCAGUGUCACCCUCUGAUCCAUUCUCUUGUCUCCACCCACAGCUUGCCUUUGCUCUCCAGUGCUGUCCCGCUGUCCCCAGCCUGUGCUGAAAGUCAGUGUCCAGGUCCCCUAGCAAGCACCACCAAGCAGGGACUGGCUGUGGUCAGCUUGGGUCCUCAGAGUCCCAGGACUGAGGCCAGUGUGUUUGGUGGGUAGAGUAAAAGUAGCACCGGACAAAGGUGGGAAAGGGGGCCUCGUGCUCCCCUGAAGCCUGGGCCCAGCCUCCAUCAGGGAGUCCAGGCAACAUGGGACCUAGCCUUCCUGCCUGUCCACCAUGUUUCCCCUGCACUAUCUCCCUGUGACCAUACCGUCCUCCUGUUCGUACCCACUGCCUGUGGGCUGCCCUCGCCCCUACCUCAGGCCUGGCUGGCACCACUGAAGCCCCUCUCUGCACACAGUCCAGGCAGCCAAGGCCUGGUGGGCCGCUGGGAGGAGGCAGAGCUGGGGCUGACACUGGGUUUGGGCCCAGCGUGCGCUGCAAUAUUGAUGGCCCAUCAGUGUGGCCCUGAUUCCUGUGCUUUCAGUUAAAAGAUUUCUGUUGUUGUAGCUUAUGCAGUUGCUGUGUUGCUAUGGAAACGUGACAUCAAAAUGACGUUUCCUGUUUAAAAGCUUUUAACUAAAUUCCUGCCUGUCAGAUGUAGGCCCCAUUUUGAGCUCAGAGCAGCCUCGAGCAAGCUAGUGCGGCGCCUCCCGCCCAUGGUGCCUGGGCUGGGCCCAGGGCCCCGCCUGAGCACCAUCCUUAACCCCGCAGGUGCCUCCAGCAUGGCGGCAGCCGAGGUGCCAGGCUACCUUGUGUCUCCUCAGACGGAGAAGCACCGGCGGGCCCGCAACUGGACGGACGCUGAGAUGCGCGGCCUUAUGCUCAUCUGGGAGGAGUUCUUCGACGAGCUCAAGCAGACCAAGCGCAAUGCCAAGGUGUAUGAGAAGAUGGCAAGCAAGCUCUUCGAGAUGACGGGCGAGCGGCGGCUGGGUGAGGAGAUCAAGAUCAAAAUCACCAACAUGACCUUCCAGUACAGGAAAUUAAAAUGCAUGACAGAUAGCGAGUCGGUCCCGCCGGACUGGCCCUAUUACCUAGCCAUUGAUAGGAUUCUGGCCAAAGUCCCCGAGGCCUCUGAGGGCAAAGUGCCGGAUGGCCAGCAGCCGGGGCCCUCCACGUCCCAGACCGAGGCGUCUCUGUCGCCGUCUGCUAAGUCCACCCCUCUGUACUUACCGUAUACCCAGUGCUCCUACGAAGGCCGCUUCGAGGACGAUCGCUCCGACAGCUCCUCCAGCUUACUGUCCCUUAAGUUCAGAUCAGAGGAGCGACCUGUGAAAAAGCGCAAGGCGCAGAGCUGCCACCUGCAGAGGAAGAAGCUGCGACUCCUGGAGGCUAUGCUGGAGGAGCAGCGGCGGCUGAGCCGCGCCAUGGAGGAGACAUGCCGCGAGGUGCGCCGUGUGCUGGACCAGCAGAACAUCCUGCAGGUGCAGAGCCUACAGCUGCAGGAGCGCAUGAUGAGCCUGCUGGAGAAGCUCAUCGCCAAGUCCAGCGGCUAGUGGGCGGCUGCCCAGGGACCUGGGGCUUGGGCCAGGGUGCAGCUGCUCCAGUGAGAACAUCCUAGAGCACUUCUCAGGAGUCACUCUCAGUGAUCCCCGAAAUGGCUUUUGAUAUUAAACAUAUACUUUUCCAUAUGGCCUGGAAGCAGGAUUGGUGCUCUCUGGCUCAGAGGGGCUGCACCAGGGUGACUGCCUGCACAUGUUUGCAGAGGAGGCUGCUGUGUCCUCCUCCCCAGCUCUACCCUUGCUGCUGGUGCUAAUAUCACCUUCGACCUCAAUGCAGUAUCUGAGCACUCUCUGGUGGCCUUUCCUUUGCCUGCUGACAGUGUGGUUGUGACCACGGCCUCCUGGGGCAUAUCACUGCAUAAGCAACAGUGUCUGCUCCCGCACAGCCUGACCCUAACCCUAAUCCUGUUCCUUGUCCCAGGGACUGCAGUCAGUUGAGAAACAGCCACAGCUGGCCAUGAAUGCAGGAGGGGAAGAGACGGCCUGAGGAGGAGGAGGCCCACCCGGGAGAAGUCCACGCCAGGCAUAGCCCCUGCAGUUGCCAGUUGGGGAGUUAGAGCAGGCGGGGGCAGCAGGGAGGGAUGAGUCCCCUGGGAGGCGUUCUUCCUGCUGGCUGAGAAGGUCCUUGGCCAUUGUGUAUCUGGAUCUGACUCCAUAGGGGUGGCAGCACGGAGGCUAAAGCAGCCAGUAUGUCUCACCACCUCCUUCCUUUUGUUGCUGGAGUUGUAGGGCCAAAGCCCCAGCUCCUGCAUCAUAUAGCCCUGGCUUGACUUCCCAUGCCAAAAUGCCAAUCAAGGGGAUCAGCAUGGGAAAGAGUAGGAAAGAAGCUGUAACCACUGUGGCCAGCUGGAGGGCACAGAGCCUUUCCAGAUCUGUCUCAGCAGCUGACAGGAGCCGCAGGGGUUUACAGGAAAGGGGAACAAAGGCACGGUUGAGGUUUGCACAGUAGGCAGUAUUGGGUGGUCCUGGAGCCUGGCUGACAGUAUUUUCAGCCCUGGGUCUGGGAGGUCCUGGGAGAGCUGUUGUGCAGGAGGAUAGCCUUAGCUGCCUUCCUGGGAAACUGCUUCACCGUGGGGUGGUCUGUAAGAUGCUGCCAUCCUGGAAUGGGAGGGGCUGCAGAUUUAGGACAGGGUCUGUAACUGGAUGUUGUAAAAGCUGGUAGCUAGAUGUCCCUGCAAAUCCCUGGAAUUAAAUCCUGAAAACUA